AUGGCGGACCCUAGCCCUGCCGCUGCGCAGCCACGGUUUUCCUUAUCUUUGACCCCAACAGCGGAUGUCUGCCAUCUGAAUGGCGAGCCGCGCUUCGGAUUAAAUCUCAAGAUCCUUUCGCACGAAGAUGAAAUUAUCACUAUAUGUUUGCAUAAAACCCCACUUAAGGAAAUCCACGGCCUGGAAGAGAUAGUUUAUGUGACCAACGAAGAAGGCGAAGAAGUGGAGUGGCCGUACGGCAUUGGAUGCUGGGAGUACGACGAGCCGUUUCCCGAUGAUUUCUGCUUCGAGGAAUUCAAGUCCGGUGUGCCGUAUGAGAGAACGUUUUGGCUAGACAAGGAGGAUCCAGCGACCGCCCAGGGAGGCGAGCUUGGGUCCCUUGAAACUGGGAAAGAGUACAAGGUUCAGCUUAGUGAAGAUUUACUUGGAGCGUUCUCAAAGUGGAGAAGAGGGAGGAAGGAAGAGUUGUUGGCUGGUGGACUAGAAGAGAAGAAGGAGAGGUGGAAGGGUGGUAGCGGAAAGAUUUCUCUAGAUGUGUCGGAUCCGUUCACAUUCAAGGCUACUUAG